AUGGAUAACCGACGUACAAGCCACCGCAAUCCGCGGAUACAGAAUCAAUACCUUGUGGGAAACAGUCCAGCCACACAACAGGUGCGAGAACGUAUUCGGCAAGCAGUCGAAGCAAAUGUUGAUACGAUUCUCCUCACCGGCGAAACCGGCACAGGCAAAGAGGUGGUAGCACAGGAAAUUCACUUUCAAGGGUCUUCGGAAGAGCGUCCGUUUGUUGCUGUCAACUGUUCGGCGUUGCCGAAGUCAUUGGUCGAAAGUGAACUCUUUGGUCACGUUAAAGGAGCGUUCACCGAUGCGACGACGGAUAAACCCGGCUACUUUGAACUGGCAAAUAAUGGUACGCUUCUGCUGGAUGAAAUUGCUGACCUCCCACUCCAAAUACAAGCGAAGCUACUGCGGGUCCUCGAUAUUCGGACGCUGAGGCGUAUCGGAGGCACUCAGGAGAUCUCCGUUCAAGUACGUAUUAUUAGUGCAUUCAACAAAGAUCCCCCACAACUUGUCGAAUCUGGGCAGUUCCGCGACGAUCUAUACUAUCGCCUCAACGUCUUUCCUAUCCACUUAACACCGCUUCGGGAAAGGCUCGAAGAUAUCCUACCGUUGGUUGACUAUUUUCUGGAGGCAUACAUUACCAGAAGUGGGCGCAGCUUCGAUGGCUUUUCAGAGGGGGCAAAAUCAGUUCUUCUAGAUUAUCAAUACCCCGGAAAUGUGCGCGAGCUGCGGAAUAUCGUUGAGCGCACCGCUGUUCUUUGUCCGGCAGAGGUUUCGCUGAUAGGAGCCGAACAUCUCGAUAUUCAAGAAUACCCAUCGGAAGAGCUACCGUCGCAAUCUGACAAAUCAGCGGACGAGAACGAGUACGAACGGAUCUUGCGGACACUUGAAGAAAACCGAUGGAUUCGCCGCAGAGUCGCAAAAAAACUCGGCAUCCCCUACUCCACUCUCCUCUACAAGAUGAAAAGGUUGGGAAUUUCGCAGAUGCGGGAUUAA